AUGGGUGGUGGGUGUGGAUGGUGGUGGAUGCAUGGCGCCGCCGAGACAACAUCGCUGCUCACCCGCGCCCACGCUUUCCUCCAGGAGCUCGCCGUCGGAGUCAUCCCCUUCCCCAAUCCCUGCGACGCGUUCGGCCGGUCCGUGCGGGAGGAGGACGACGAUGAGGCGCUGCGCUGGGCGGCCAUCGAGCAGCUGCCCAUCUACGACCGCAUGCGCAAGGGCAUCCUCACGGGGGCCGCGGCCGGCGUCGAGGAGGUGGACAUCCAGGGGCUCGGCAUGCAGGAGCGCAAGAACCUCAUCGAGCGCCUCGUGCGCACCGCCGAGGAGGACAACGAGCGCUUCCUGCUCAAGCUCCGCGACCGCAUGGAGCGGGUUGGGAUCGAUAAUCCGACGAUAGAGGUGCGUUUUGAGAACCUGAACAUCGACGCCGAGGCCUACGUCGGCAACCGAGGUGUCCCCACGAUGACCAACUUCUUCUCCAACAAAGUCAUGGUGUCAGGAAGAGUGACUUACAAUGGUCAUGACAUGGAUGAAUUUGUCCCUCAGAGGACAUCGGCAUACAUCAGGCGGCACGAUGUUCACGUCGGCGAAAUGACGGUCCGGGAAACACUUGCCUUUUCUGCAAGAUGUCAAGGAGUCGGAACGCGUUAUGACAUGCUUACUGAGCUUUCAAGAAGGGAGAAAGAAGCCAACAUUAAACCAGAUCCUGAUGUCGAUGUUUACAUGAAGGCUAUCUCCGUGGAAGGUCAGGAGAGCGUGGUUACAGAUUACAAUCUCAAGAUUGCAGAUUCUGGGUCUGGAGAUCUGUGCGGAUACAAUGGUUGGAGACUCUAUGAUCAGAGGUAUCUCAGGAGGACAAAAGAAGCGUGUCACAACCGGUAUAUGCAAUCUGCAGUUAAAUUAAGAAUUGUGCAUCAUACCCUUUGGCCCUGCUCGAAAAAAAAAUCUGAUUUCUUCAAAUCAGAGUUGCAAAAAAAAAAAAAAUCUGAUUUCAUGUCUGAUUUCUAUGAGUAGAGAAUAGAAUAGCGCCUUAGUAGAGAAUAGACCCGUAUAAAGUUAUUGGUAUCAACAGUAAUCAGGUACCAUCCUAUCAUUAUGACCAAUUCUAGCUUCUAUAAUUGACGCUAGCUAGGAUAAUCAUUUGACGCUAGCUUGCUUCUUGCAGAACGAUGGCACAGCAACAGCUUCUUUCUUGCUAACCAUUGCUAGACAUAACUUGACGAAAAGAAUAGAGCACAUAGAAAACGUUCUCAAUGAUUUGAAGAAAUCACAUCUGUUGAACCAGCAAAGCAGCAGCAGCAGCAGUAAGAAAGAAAGGAGUAGCAGGCAUGAGGAUAUUGAGUACCUGUACAGAAGCAUUGAGCGGAAGGUAAUUGGUCGAGAUAAGGAGCGUGAGAAGCUUAUCAGUAUGCUUCGUAGGGGACCUGGUCCGGAGACACCAAGCUCCAGUAGCAGUAAACAUUAUUCUGUGAUUGGUAUAUAUGGCAUUGCAGGGUCUGGGAAGAGUACCCUGGCACAAUAUGUCUGUGAUUAUGAGAAGGCCGAAGGCCAACAUUUUGACCCUGUCAUGUUCAUUCAUGUGUCUCAGACAUUUAGGGUGGAUAAGAUAUUUCGUGACAUGCUGAGGGAGAUCAGGAAGGACAGGCAAUCUGACAGCAACAGUGUUAAAUGCCUACACGAUGAGCUGAAGGAAAAUGCUUCUUGUUGGUACUGGAUGAUCUCUGGGUCACUCGUGAGAAUCAGGAGGAGCGCGCUAUUCUACUUAAUGUGCUCGAUGCUGGGCAGAGUGGAAGUCGGGUUCUGGUGACAGCUCAGAAGAAAGAUGUAGCUGCAGCGAUAGGCGCUGAGGAGCAGAUCCCGAUUCCGGAUAUGGAAGAGAAGCAGUACUUUUCGAUGUUCAUGCACUACGCCCUAGAAGGCAAGCGUGUUGGUGACGGAAGGUUUAUAGCAAUAGGGAGAAAAAUCGCGAAAAAGCUCGGCAGAUCACCCAUUGCAGCAGUCACAGUGGCAGCACGGCUUCGGAGCAACAGCAGCAUCGAUUUCUGGGAGACAACAGCGAACCUUGACAUGUUGGACGAAACAAUGGGAGCUCUGUGGUGGAGCUAUCAGCAGAUAGGUGUAGACGUCCGGCGAUGCUUUGCAUACUGCAGCACUUUUCCCAGAGGAUACAGGUUAGUACGAGGCGAGUUGGUUCACAUCUGGAUAGUGCAAGGGUUCAUAAACACCAGGGUUAAUGCAACUGAGCAACCAGAAGAUAUAGGCCUGCACUACAUUAACGAACUGCGGACCUUCUCAUUUCUGCAGAUAGAAAGAACAGUUUUUGGCACUGAAACGGAGGCGUUCACGAUUCAUGACCUGCUACACGAGUUGGCAGAGAGGGUCAGCGGAAGCGAAUGCUUCAGAGUUGUUUCAAAUAGCUCACCAAAACAUAUUCCGCAGGAGGUUCGCCAUCUCUUUGUUGGCACUGGGACUGACAGUAGAGCAGCUAUCGCAAAGAAAAUUCUAGGUCUGGUAAAUCUACGCACUCUCAUCAUCGUCGAAGAGUACAGCGAAAACAAGAGGAAAACAUUUGCAGCUGAAGAUGAUGAGGAACGGUCAGGCCGCACCUUAGUUAACGAGGAAGUCUUGGGCAGAAUGUUCAGGAGCCUGAGGAAACUGCGGGCGCUGGUCGUUACAACGAAACAGUACCAUGAACCAGCGUUGUUAGUCCCAGCAUCUAUCGAUUAGAUGAAGCAUCUGCGUUAUCUAAGCUUUAAUCUGGACUGUUCUCAUCGCAGUGUGGAGCUUAUUUUCCCAAGCACAUUUAGCAAACUUUACCAUAUGCAGAGCAUAUAUAGUGAGAAAAUUUCCUGCGCCAAAGACGUGACACAAAAUCUCACUUCCUUGCGGCACAGCUCUUCGUCGUGGAUGGGAUUUGCAAACGUUGGCAGGCUGACGUCGCUCCAAUCGCUACGGUACUUCCAAGUGAAGAGAGAACAGGGGCACGAACUGAAGCAGCUGAAGCACCUGAACAACCUUCGAGGCACUCUGGCGAUUGACGGUCUGGGGGUCGUCAGAAGCAAAGAGGAAGCUCUUGAAGCACACCUAGCCAGCAAGGAACAACUAAGGAAACUGGAGCUGACAUUCUCUGUCCGUUAGGCGGGGGAUCCGAACGCCGUGGCAGAGAUACUUAACCGCCUUUUACCGCCGGAGGAUCCAACCAACCAUAGGUACCAUGGCUGGAUGAUGGGAGGCCAGGCUCCAGACGUUGCUGCAGAGGUCCUUGAGGGCCUUUGCCCCCCGAAGGAUCUUGCAACACUCACAAUCAACCGCUACAAGGGUUCGAGGUACCCUAGCUGGAUGCUGAGUAGCCAGAGUCCAGGAGCGCUGAAGUACCUGCAAGAGCUUGAGCUCCAUAACUGCAACCGAUUGGCAUCUUUUCCUGAAGAAGAGACCGAGCUGUUCAGUUGUCUGCGUGAGCUACUGAGCUUCGAGUUAGCUUGUGCGACUGGGACAGCAUGCCAGAAAAUAUGGAGCCCCUUGUUUCGCUCCAGAGUGUAUUGAUUAUGAGGUGCGAUAGGAUGGAGCGCCUUCCAACCCUGCCCCGGUCGCUUGCGAAGGUUGAAAUCCAUGGGUGCCGCGUCCUCAGUAGAACCUGCCAAUCAGAGGGACACGAGAACUGGCAGAAGAUCCUGCACAUUCCAGAGAAAAAUAUAUCCCCAAGAAGGAGCAUGGCGCAGUGAGGGAGGGAGGACGAUGAGACCACUGUUUCCAUGUUUACCAGCGACAACUGACCUGGGAUUGUAAUAUGCAUCCAUUAACUGAGGAUUGUUCUUAUACGUUUGUGAUGAAUCCACCUGACAAUCUUUUUUUUUUUGAAAAUAGGUACACUAGCUAUUAUUAUCAGUAUUAUUGGAAGUGUACUUAAUGGAUGAUCAGAUCUUUUUUAUUCUCUCUAUUUGGGGAACUUUCUUGUAAGACUUUUUCGUCUCUCUAAAUAUAUAAAGAUGUGCAGCUUUCCUGCUCGUUCGAUA